CAAGAUGAUCAUCUUCGUGGAAUUCAGAUUUCUGCAGGAGAAGGCUCAGCCUGUUUCUCUUCUGCUUAGCUCUACAACAGAGUUCAGAUAUUUUGCCUAGUAAAAGGAACUGAAAGGACUGAUUUACUGCAGGAAAAGUGGUGACUUCACCUGCAAGCUGGUUUUACGGAGCAUGACAGAAUGACUUGCAGAGCUGCGUGCUGGGGAGAAGUUUGCAACAUGCGAAGAGCGAGCACCAAGUUCUGCACCCAAACUGAGGCCAGCGCGUAAGGAGAGCUGGCCUGGAAAUGGCAGCUGUGGAGCAGCGAGAACCUGGAAUCUCUAUCGCCUCUCCUGUCUCAACAAGGCAUGCUGAGAAUGAGGUAGGAGGCAUUCUUAUACUUUCUUCUUUUCAGCAUGGGUAGGAACUGGCUUUAUGUCUAAAUUAGGCCAGGUUGUGGAACAGGUAUUACCUCUUUGCACCUCUGCUUUGCAUCCAAAGCUCUCCUUUUCAGGUUAGUGAUAUUUCUAGAUCCUCCCUAACAGGCCUGAUUGAAGUUUUCUUCCAGUGGGACUAGAUGUCACCCGAUUGUAGGAAGGUUACAAGGAAAAUGUUAAAGGUGUUUUUGCUUUGGGCGAUCGUUAGACCGGACGGAUCCUGACUGCCUUCUAACUGCAAAAACUCUGAGAUUCUAGAGUCACUGAUGAAAUCAAGAGUCUUCCUCAACACAAACAAGUCAGCAGGUAGGUCCCCAGUGAACCAGAAAUUUAUAGAGCAACAAGUGAGCUGGCACAAACCCCGUUCACCUUUGGUGUGAUCCAGCACAGCAACUGAGGGAACCGUACCUCAGAUUCCCAGCCAGUUUCACCUGGGCCACUCUUUCUAGGGGCUGCAGGUCCCUGCUAUGGGGGGAGUGUACCCAAAUCUGCCUGGAGCAAGCACUGCAGCUGCUGCUACUGUAUCUGAAUAUUUGACAGGGAUGGAUGUUUCAGGGUGCAGCUACACGAGGAUAUCCCUGUCAGUCAGAAAUUGUGGAGGGUCAUUUGGCCAAAUUUAAGGCAGAAUCAAAAUACAAAGCUUUCACCAAAUCUGAAGUUCUGCUGCUACAGGACUGUACUGUGCACACCAGCAGCAGGCAGUCUAAGUCUGCUGUAAUCCAGCCAGUGUCUGAGAAGCAUCUGCACCAAGGAAGGGUGGGAGAGUGGAGAGCUGUCCCCAGCAGCCAGGGGAAGCAGAAUUUUUGCCUUGUGUUUCUGAUUGCAGGACGAUGCUGGAUUUCCACUUGGUCUCAGCACUGCACUGGAAGCUAGCACCAAGGUGGACUCUGCAAGCCAAGUAGGAGCUGGAAAGAAGUUUCAAUGUAAGGAAAGAGGUCUGUGUUUUGGACUCUCCAGCUGGUCUACAGCUUUCCUGAAGAGCAAUAUCCAUCUUCCAGCCUGUUGCUGAAUAUCUGAAUAGAGCAGAGCAUACUGGUUAUCCCCUAUAAAUGUAUGUUGAGAUUUGUAACAGAAAUAUUAAGGUUGAGGUGGAGUCUGAGUGGAAAUGUGUGUGUAAACACAGAAUGUGGAUUAAAAGAAUGACCAGCAUUGCUAAUGAAGAACACCGCUUCCAGGACCCGGUUCCCCAGAUGCUAUUCCCAGCAGUAAAAUUGAGAAGUGUGUUUAUGGCAUAACCAAAAGGCCUGUGCUCUGACCCCAGGAAACAAGAUACGUAUUCCAAACCUGGAGAAGCAGACAGUGGGCAACAACCUGGCCUAAGACUUAAGGAAGCUGAAGUCAGCAGGAUUCAGAGGCCAAGAAUCACUCCAUAAUAACUGAUGACUCCUGUGUCACACACAGAUGAUGGACCGUGAUGCUUAGAGGAGCAGGUUCAGCCAGAAACUACAAGAAUGAGCCAAAGCAGGGAGAACCAGCUCUGCCUUUAGAAGUUCCCCUUUUGCUUGGUCAAGAGAAGCAAAAAGGUGACUGAGUGAGCCUGGAAGUGCAUCCACUUGCAAAAGGUUGUGAGCAGCAAAUUUACCACGUGCCAGAGUGGCUGCUUUAAAUAGAAGGGGAAAAUGAAUGGAAAAAAACACAAAGCUCAUCUCACUUCUCCAGAUUGAUUCUCUGACCCUUUUCACCAUCUUUGGCCCUCUGAAAUCUCCUUCAGUUUGUAUCUGCACCCGUCCAAGUUUUGCAAUACAGGAAAGCCCCAGGAGCUUUUUCUGUCCCCUUGAAAGAUUCCACCCCUGCAACCAGACAGCAAGCUUCAUUUCUGAUCUGACCUUGGGAGCAAGAUGUGCAAGGGACUCGCUGCACUGCCAGCCACGUGCUUGAAAAGUGCCAAAGACAUGAAACAUCGUCUGGGCUUCUUGCUGCAGAAGUCAGAUUCCUGUGACUACAGCUCUUCGCAGGGCAAGAAGGAGAAAAUAUCUCCUACUCAAAGGGUUAGCCAAGAGGAAGUCAAAAAGUGGGCAGACUCUUUGGAAAACUUGAUCCAUCAUGACAGAGGACUGGCUGCUUUCCGGGCUUUCCUCAAAUCUGAGUACAGUGAAGAAAACAUUGAGUUCUGGGUCAGUUGUGAGGAUUACAAGAAAACCAAGUCACCAGCCAAGCUCAGCCCGAAGGCCAGAAAGAUCUACGAUGAGUUCAUCUCUGUGCAGGCAACGAAAGAGGUGAACCUGGAUUCAUGCACACGGGACAAGACAAGCAGGAAUAUGCUAGAGCCUACACUGUCCUGCUUUGAUGAGGCUCAGAGAAAAAUAUUCACCCUCAUGGAGAAGGAUUCUUACCGCCGUUUCCUCAAGUCCCACUUCUACCUGGACUUUGUGAGCCCACCUGCUGCUGGCUGUGGGCCUGAAAACUGCAAAAGAACCCAUGCUCACACCUUAGACUGCAACUCUAACGUUGUCUCUCAGUGCGCCUGAACCUGCAGCAAGCCAAGGGCAGGCAGGGCUCUUGCAGGAAUAUAUGGCAGCAAAAGCAUUCAUUGGCAUGAAGCAGCAGAGCUGUCUCCAGUAGCUGUCUAAUAUCCCAGUUGUGUCCCAUGUCAUGCAACAGUCAGCAUUUGUAACCCAAGCCAGGCUCAGUUUGUGUAGCAAACCCUCCUGUGACUCCGUCUGUGUAGGAGCCCUGGAGUCUGUUGGACAUGAAGCUGGGUGAAAUCAUUGCGUGUCUGCUGUGUUUUUGAUGUGCAUUACGAGCCCAGGUGGGCUGGUGCUGUUGGGAAGAGGUGCACACACUCAAACCUAGCACUAACCACAAAGAGUCUAGACGUGCAACGUUGCAAUGAGACACCUAGAAAGGAGCAGGGGAAAGAGGAAGCUAAGGGGAAGUGUUGGGGACUGUGAUCUCCCCCUUUAUAAUCAGCAAAAGCUUAAGUAAAAAGAACUUUCUCUGGACCUUAGCUGUUCGUAUAGCUCCUGAAUAUCCAGGCUUUCAGUAGUAUUUGCUCAGAACUCAAGCUGUGUUGCAUUAUGCUAGUCAGACUUAGGAAUAGCUCCUACCUCCUCUUAAAGGGACACCCAAACUUUCCAGAGUAGCAAACAGCCUCCCUUGGUCAUUACAGCCAAAGUUGUAUGAAAGCUCUCCCCCAUGGCUGCUUUUCCCACUAUAGCAGCUAAUUUAUGCUGGCCAAGGAUCUUUCCUAAGGCUGUACAGAGCUAUUAUUUUGGGAAAGGUUCAUUCCUUCAAUAAUAAUCCUGUCCUUCAUGCUCUCUGAUUGAAAAGACCUUCCUAAUACCAUGACCAAGCAGAGCAGAAAUUCCUUCCCUCCCAGACUGGCAAGUGUAUAUUAACUAACUCUGGGGGGGGGACCAUCUAAAUUCAUGUUUGCCUGCCUUGGCUUGUCUGAAGCAGUUUGUGAUUGGGACAGGAUCACUACCACACCAGCUGAGCAGCAGAGGCCAUGCAUGGGAGUACUUGAUACUGAAUACUUUUAUUAUUUAUGUCAGUCUGUAAUGCAGUAGUAGCAUUACUCGUUUUUUCCCUGAAGGUGGUAAGAGGAAUGUGUCAGUCUCCUUACUACUCCUGGGCUCUGCCAGAGGGCUAUUUAUUUUUUAAUCACUGUGGUUAGAUUUGGGUUUCACUCAGGGGCCUUGGGACCUGACACUGACCUGCACUUGGAGGCAGAAGGAAUAAAUGCUGAGCUUGCCAUCUGGGCUGGAGGUACCAGACAUUUCCAGUGAGCAUCUGGAAGUGCCUGCUCUGAGCAGACCGGUGGCUGCAGGUCCUGCUCGCCCCAGUGCUUGAUCUUUCCUUAGUUUGGAUAGAGCUGCUCUGACAACCGUGUAUUCCUCACUCUGCAUCCCAGUCUGGACAGCAUUUGCCACACCGGGGUUUUGUCAUGGCAGGAGAAGGUUGUGGUUUUCACAGUAGACCCUUCCAGGCCCGCAGAGAAACAUCUCUUUUAGUACUCGCUUUAUUUUGUGUUUAUUAGCUCAUUUAAACAUACUAGCCUGCAUGUUGAGCUAGGAGAUGGAGGCUCCAGCCUAGGCUUGCUAAGGAUCUCGGUCAGCUCUGAAGCUGCCAAGCACAUGGCUAUGUUUUAUUUUCCCCUGGUACUGGGAACUCCUGAUAACUCUUGAAAAAAAAUGUAUCGAUACUUAAAUUAAGGACAAAUACAUUCUAAAUAAAAGAUAUUUGCAUUA